GCCGGUGGCCCUCCAAAACCUAGCGCACCCGCAACCAGCGCGCCGCCCCGCUCCGCUCCCCUCGCCGCUGCACGGACGCAGCGACGAGUUCUCGCAGCAGCAAUGGCGGUAGGCAAGAAUAAGCGUAUCUCCAAGGGCAAGAAGGGAGGCAAGAAGAAGACCGUGGAUCCGUUCAGCAAAAAGGAUUGGUAUGAUAUCAAGGCUCCGUCGGUCUUCAGUGUGCGCGACAUCGGCAAGACCCUGGUCUCCAGGACACAGGGCACCAAGAUUGCAUCUGAGGGUUUAAAGCACAGAGUAUUUGAGGUCUCCUUGGCUGAUCUUCAGAGUGAUGAAGACCAGGCGUACAGGAAGAUCAGACUUCGUGCAGAGGAUAUACAAGGGAGAAAUGUUCUCACAAACUUCUGGGGUAUGAGCUUCACUACCGACAAGCUCCGUUCACUGGUGAAGAAAUGGCAGACGCUUAUUGAGGCACAUGUUGAUGUCAAGACCACCGAUAACUACAUGCUACGUCUGUUCUGCAUUGGGUUCACCAAGAGGCGGCCCAAUCAAGUGAAGCGCACUUGCUAUGCUCAAGCAAGCCAAAUCAGACAGAUUCGUCGGAAGAUGACUGAAAUCAUGAGCAACCAAGCUUCAACUUGUGAUCUGAAAGAACUCGUGUCCAAGUUCAUCCCUGAGGUCAUUGGAAAGGAAAUCGAGAAAGCCACCUCUAGCAUAUUCCCCUUGCAAAAUGUCUUCAUCCGCAAGGUGAAGAUCCUAAAAGCACCAAAGUUCGACAUCGGAAAGCUCAUGGAGGUCCACGGUGACUAUGCCAAGGAGGAUGUUGGUGUCAAGAUGGACAGGCCGGCUGAAGGCGACGAGGCCAUGGGAGGACAGGAGGUUGCUGCAGCUGAGUGAUUAGUCUCACUGUUUAUGUUUAGUAUGAGUUGAUGUUAAGACGAACUUCGGAGUUGGAGCUGCCUUAUUUCCGUAAACUCUUAGAAACACUUUUUUCGAGAGUGAGACAUUUGGUGGCUUUGAUUCUCCUUGAAAAUUUGAAGCAUGGAAUGUUAUCUUGCGACGUCAGUUUGAUCACCGUUAUUUGGGCAAACUUAUGUUUUUGGAGCA